AGAAUCCUAACCAUUAGGACAAAAAAUAAUCCACAGCCCAAUAAAUCCAACUUUCUCAGGAACUGAUACUUGAUGCUAUUGAAGUACCUCCCCCAAGUAACGUACUGACUGCAAAGUCUACUCGAGCUAUAUAAAAGCCUGUUCCCUUUUCACAAAUUCAAUUUAAGGACUUAAUCUCAGACAUGGAGUUGUACAUCAGGCAUGUGGAGCUCCUGGGCUUUGAGAAACGAUUCUAUCCCAGCCAGCACUAUGUUUACAUGUUGAUGGUGAAAUGGAGCGACCUCACAGAGAAACUUAUUUAUAGAAGAUACCCUGAGAUCCACACAUUUCACAAAUCCCUGAAGGAGAUGUUUCCCAUUGAGUCGGGUGAUAUCGAUAAGAAAGACAGGAUCAUCCCUGAACUGCCGGCUCCAAAAUGGCUGGACAGCCAGAGGUCCACGGAGACCAGACAAAGCACUCUGGCAGAAUACUGCCAAUCCCUUGUCAACUUGCCCCCCAAAAUCUCCCGCUGCGAGCUGGUCCGCAGUUUCUUCAAAGUCCGUCCAGAGGAUGAAAACCCACCCGUUACACACCCAGUAAAAAGAAAUGAAACCUUUGUGGCAUCAAAGGACAAGUCUACAGGCAAUGCAUCUGAAAUAUCAGGCCCCAUAAUAUUGGACACAUACAGGGUUAUCGCUGACUUCAACAAGACGUCCAAACAUGAGAUAAAUCUGAAGUGUGGCGACAUGGUGGAGAUUGUCGAGAAGAGCCCCAAUGGUUGGUGGUUCUGUCAGUGUGAGUUCAAGCGGGGCUGGGUUCCUGCUACCUACCUGGAACCACUGGACACACCAGAGGAGUCUGAGGAGCCAGAGCCCAAUUAUGCUGGAGAAAUACACAUCACUACAAAAGCCUACACGGCUGUGGAGGAUGAUGAGCUGACUUUAGAGGCAGGGGAGACUGUAGAGGUUAUUCACAAACUGCUAGAUGGUUGGUGGGUGGUCAGGAAGGAAGACAAGACAGGGCACUUUCCUUCCAUGUUCCUCCACCCCACUGGAGAGAAGAGGGACGUUUCUGACAUGAACAAAACCCAGAGACAGACUCCUCCUCCUCGACGGUCUUCCAUUUACAACGCAAAGAGUAUUCAUGGCAAGAGUACUAGGCGUAUCAGUCAGGACACAUACCGCAAAAACAGCAGACGCUUCCUCCAGCAGAGAGGAAGCCAACCCAGGAAGUCCCCCAUGUCUUUCACUGGAUCCCCUCUUCAAGAAAAAAAGAAUGAUGACAACAUCCCUAAGUCACCGAACUCCAGCAAUGUGGACAUGGGGAAGAAUACAUCUCCCAGAGUUCCCCCUCGGCCCAGUCCUGAACUUAUCAUGGAGCGCUGUACUGAGAACACCCGCAUGAAAGUCAGUGUCCGCAAGUCCAGCACAGAGUCAAAAUGAACUGAGCUUAGCUGCACAGUACUUCAUGUAGAAUUAAGCUAUCUUAAUAUAUGUUGAAAGAAAAAUUAUUUCCUUAGGCCAUGCUUUUGUUGAGAGUCUUAACAUUUUGUGAACAGUGAUUUUCUUUUUGUACACUGCGAAUGUACAGUGAAUAUUUUUUUAAAUUAUUAUUUCACUGUUGAAAGUGUAUACAUGUGUCAUUUUACCCCUUACAUUUUCUGAAUGUGACCAAUAAUUUUGCGAUAUGACAAAGAAUUGAAUAGUUCCAACAAUGAUUAUCUGCAAGUUACUUCUUGUAAAAGCCUAAUAUAAAAAAUGAUAUGCAGUGUCACUCCAAGUGUUCUUCUAUUGACACUUAUGACCUCCACAUCACAAUAUAAAUAGGAACAUACUCUUUCCCCUCAAACACUCACAAUCAAUUUCCUUAAUAAAUGUGGUAACCCCCGUCUGUCAAGGAGGAAUUAGCCUAGAACACUGCAAUAGACAACAUAAUAAAUGAAAUACGUUAAACAAAAGUGGAAAGUCCCUCUCUGGACUUGGUGAAUCUCCCUUAAGGUCACUUAUUACAUCUCAAUAAAGGGGGCAUACCGAUUUUCUUGCCAUUUCCUUCUGUAUGUAAUGUAUUACAACAUACACUGUUGUAUGUUGUAACACAUUACAUAUGUAUGAAUGCUUGAUAAAUGAACACCUAAAUCAUAUUUAAGGUGUCAAACAAUAUUCUGCAUUUAAGGUCUCAAACUAUAUUCUGCAUUAAGUAAUUCACCACAGCUUUUCCUACUGUGCUAUUCUUAAACUAUCCUAAUAAAAAUGGUGAACAUUA